GCACAGCAACAUGUUCUAAGCCUGUUGGAGAGGGUAGGCCCAGGCCUAGGUUUUCAUUUUUGAGCUUAUGAUCAAACACUCUGAUGUUAUGCGAAAUACAUUUUUUUAUUCGGCAACCAGUAUAGUCCUAGGUUUUGUGAGAUUUUACUUUGUAGUGCUACCAAGUCUAGUAGUUUAGGCCCUGAGUCAGCCAGCGAUAGGGUAGGCCUAGGCCCCUAGGCCUAGUAGUCUAUAGUAUCGCGUGGCCUGGCCCCAGCUAGGCUAGUCUUACCAUCCAGUUCUACGGCCUAGCAAGAGUACGGUCUACGGAUUCUUCGUCUCCUACAGAUUAUGAUUUAACCUGUGGUAUAGGCCUAGCCAACUCCAGUAUUACUUCUGGCAGAUUAUCAAAAAGUAGGCCUACUUUUAACUUUCUAUUAAAACUUGAUUUUUUUGUGAUGACAAGUUCUUUAUUUAAUGGACUGUCGAGGACUGUGAGCCAUGUAGCGUGUGCAAUAUCUGGGGGUGUGGAUAGUGCUGUAGCAGCUUUGAUACUCAAGAGUAAAGGUUAAUCAAAGCCAUUGACCUUUGGAAAGACCAGACGUUCUUCUUGUCUCAAGUUAAGCAGGAAUCACUUCAGAAAGUGGUAUUUCCAGUCGGUGACCUCACUAAGAGUGUCGUCAGACAGAUUGCAUUACAGGCGGGCUUGCACAAAAUUGUUAAGAAAAAAGAGAGUAUGGGAAUAUGUUUUAUAGGCCAACGAAAUUUCAAGGAAUUUAUUCAGGAGUAUGUUGAUCCAGCUCCCGGAAACUUCAUUUCAAUAGAAGAUGCAGAAGUCAUUGGACAUCACAAUGGUUGUUUUUUGUACACCAUUGGACAGAAUGCCAAGAUCCCAGGCAUGGACAACAAAUGGUUUGUGGUGGACAAAGAUCCUCAAACAAGAACUAUUUAUGUUGCACCAUCAACAAGCCAUCCAUCCCUGUUCACAGAUUCUGUCAUUACUGAGCCGAUUCAUUGGAUAAAUGCAAUGCCGGCACAGCUCCAGCAGAAAGAGCCAUUUAAAUGUACCUUCAAGUUCCAACAUACAGAUCCCCCAGUUGAUUGUAUGCUGACACUAAAUAGUGACGACAGCAUUUUGAUCUCAUUGGUCAAUCCACUCCGGGCAUUGACACCUGGUCAGUUUGCAGUUUUCUACUAUGGUGAGCAGUGUCUUGGUGGCGGUAGAAUAUUGCGGUGUGGUCCAUCUCUAUACACUUUACACAAGGAUGACUACCAUUCUGGAACAUGGUCAAUAUCAUGAACAGCCAAGCGGUGUGAUUUGUCUCUCUACCGAUUAUAGCUACCAUUUGGUAGGGGUGUUAGAAGAUACAACUUCUAGGAGAUUUGUUCUCACGUUCUCUGCCAGGGACGCGAGUUUAAGUCCGACAACGUUCACUUAGGGUGUCGAGGUGUGAGUUUCACAUCCACCCCAGUAGCGGCUUUAGGAUAUAUUUUCUGAGGGGGCGGAGCUGGGACUUGAGUUCAUAGGCCCAAGCUGGAGGAAGGGUUUUAGAGGGUGUUCACCCUCCCAAAUGAGAUUUUUUUAAAAAGAGGAACCUCUGGAUGGGCAGAAAUGGCAUUCUCAGACUGUGACAGGCAUCUGUUGGCUUGGCGCGAGCCUUUUUUUUACAUUUUUUUAGUCCGACUGCCCGACAAACUCUGUCCGAUGGGGGGGGGGGCUUGCCCCUGCUGUUCCCCCACUGGCGCCGCCACUGAUCCACCCUUGUCCAACAUACCACUAUUGUAUUACAUGUAAACUCACUGCCAGUCAUCAACAGAACACAAACUCUCGCCAAUUAAUAAUUCAGUAUAGUAAAAACAUAAAUAUAUCGUAACUUGAUGGAGGAUGGGUUAAUUUCCUGGAGAUUCUAGCUUGCUUGCAGGCUUGCGAGAAACCUUCCUGAUUUCCAGAAGAAUCACACGGAUUGCAGGAGACUUCAGACCCCUGCAUUCGGGAACAUGGUCAUUAUCAAGAACUUUAAAUAAAUGUGCUAAUUAAUUGACAUAGAAAUUUAAUUUUCUCAUAAUACAGUUUUUCUAUGUCUAUAUCUCUAGAAGAGGUUGUUAGUUGGUGAUAUUGUUUAUAUUUAAAUUGUCAAAUUAUAUAAACUCAUUUAUGAUUAUAAUUCUGUUAUUGUAUUAUUAAUUUAUGGCAAAUGACUCAAUUGUGAUUGAUAAGAAGAUCAAGUUUUACAGAUCUCUUACCAAAUUAGCACAUUGUUUGAAAAACAGUGCGGUUUGUGAACUAUAUUUUAUAGUUGAACAAGCAGUGGAUAUGUAGUGCCUUCUCAAUAACACCUGAUAUGAGGUUAUGACACAUGAUCAAGUUGAUUCACCGAGACUUUAAUGUAUGGGUGCUGCAUCUUACAGCCAUAAUAUCAGAGCUGGUUCAAGCAGCUAUCUUUGCCCAUGUGUUGGUGGUUGAAGUCCUCUCCAAUAAGGACUGUAAAUUGUAGGGCCAGUGUAAACAACCUUGUGUGUGCAUUAAACCACCUAGAAUAUCGUCCAAGAGAGGACAAAGCUUCUGAUGGUGAAUAGCUCCAUUAAGUGGCUGCUAGUGCAUGCUAACACGCAUACACAUUGUGAUAUUGUUAUGGUGAUGGUUUGGCAAUUGCAUCAUAUAUUAUUUUUGAUGAAAGUAAUUAUCUGUGAAACAUAACCGAAUAUUUAAUCAUAUUAUAAACUUCCUUCUCAGAACCUUAUUUUCAUACAUGGUUUACUAGAAGUUACAGUACUUUAAUAAAUGAUAAUUUUCAUUAAGAUUUAUGAUUAAUAUAAUUUUGUUUAUUAUUUUAAUAAUUGUAUUUUAUUCCAUCAACAACCAACAAAGAUAGAAAGCUACGGGUUAUAUCUUGAGAUCUUUAAUAUAUAAUAUUUACACAUCGUUUCAUUAUAGCAAUUAAAUUUCAAUACACUUUU